GUUGUUUUUUUGGUUUUUAAUACAAAUCUGCGCAUUGAUUUUUAAACAAACAAACAAAUCCCCCCCGCACACAAGCCUGCCUCUGGGAGGGAAAUAGCCAGGUGAAAUCUCACUCUGUUUCCAUGGACAACCCGUCCAUUAUCACCCAGGUGACUAACCCCAAAGAGGAGGAGAUCCUGUCCUGCACUCAGGAUAAAGUGUCCCAAUGUAAUAUCAGCUUGAAGAAGCAGAGGAGUCGAAGUAUCUUUAGCACCUUAUUCUGCUGCUUUCGUGACUACAAUGUCGAACCACCAUCUACCAAUAGCACCAGUGCUCUUCCUCCUUUGGUGGAGGAGAAUGGAGGACUUCAGAAGGGUGACCAGAUGCAGGUCAUGCCUAUACCAAGUCCACCAGCUAAAUACCUCCUGCCAGAACUGACAGCAUCAGACUAUGGGAAGAAGUGUGUGGUCAUUGAUUUAGAUGAAACUUUAGUGCACAGUUCAUUUAAGCCAAUUAGCAACGCUGAUUUCAUCGUUCCUGUCGAAAUUGAUGGAACCAUACAUCAGGUUUAUGUAUUGAAACGACCACAUGUGGAUGAGUUUCUUCAGAGGAUGGGAGAGCUCUUUGAAUGUGUACUCUUCACAGCCAGUCUAGCCAAGUAUGCAGACCCAGUAGCCGACUUACUGGAUCGCUGGGGUGUGUUCAGGGCAAGGCUCUUUAGAGAAUCCUGUGUUUUCCACCGAGGAAACUACGUGAAGGAUCUGAGUCGACUGGGACGUGAGCUGAGUAAAGUUAUUAUAGUAGAUAAUUCUCCUGCAUCUUACAUCUUCCAUCCUGAAAAUGCAGUGCCUGUGCAGUCCUGGUUUGAUGACAUGACAGACACAGAGCUGCUAGAUCUUAUUCCUUUCUUUGAAGGACUAAGCAAAGAGGAAGAAGUUUACAGUAUGCUUCAUAAACUCUGCAACAGGUAGCCCUUAACUUUGACUGACUUCUGCUACUAGAUUGCAGUUGCUAGAGGCUGUCUCCAUCUUUUUCAGCUCUUUCAAAUGUAAGCUUUGGGGAGGUCACCCCUGUCAGAAGUGCUACUCUUGAUCUUCCUGUUACAUUGGACACGAAGGACAAUCAUGAGUGAUGCUAUUAAGCCUUCAGAAGCCUGACUCCUAAGGUCAUGUGUUCAGACUACUUUUUUAAAGGAAAAAAAAAAAAAAAAGAAGCUAUUUUAAAUGGGACUCUUUUAAUGAAUUUCAUAAAUGGACAUCUUUUACUGGAUCAGCUUUUCUUAAAACAUGCCAAAAAAGAAGCUUGUAUUUCAGCAGUUGAAUUUCUCUCCCUUUCUUCCCCUCCCACUAUGCAGACAAUUUUACCCCCCUGCUUAGAGCAGUUGACCUGACUCUGAAUUUUUUCUUACAGAAUGAAGUGCCUUUUUGAAUGUUAUUUUAAGAUAAAAAUUCAUUUUUGUAUAAGACGUAUUUCCAGACAUCUUUUAGUCUUGUAUUGUCUAAAUGCUUUAAAAGGAAAAAGGAAAAAUUUUAUAGAGCACUGUAAUAUAUAACAAAGGAAAAAGUUGAAACAAAGAUGCUGGGUUCCUGUCUCCACAAUGACAUUAAGUUUUUAUUACAUUUUGUCAUGCUCAGAAGGUUUAAGCGUUUGUGGGAGGGGUGAUUUGGGUUAAAUUACAUGGUUAUUUCACUGAUACGAUUUUGGGCACAGUUUUGAACAUAUCUGCAGUUGUUUGAGUAUUAGGGAAUGAUGGAAUGGAGAAAAUAAGGUGGCUAACAGAUCUAAAGCACCUUUUACUCUAGACAGAUGAAGUUCUAUUGUCUCUGCUUACGCACAACUGCCAUGCCUCUCGUUUUUUGGAAAACCAUUAUCUUGGGAGAAUGAGGAGGAGAUCUAUUUAUUAGUUUAAGAUUCUUUUCUUGAAAAAACCCGUCUGGGUAAGCUGGAUCUGUAUUGAGCUGUUUGGAGUACUUUUUUCUUUUAAUUGCUGCUACUGUAUACUCACCAAAUGGAGUUGACCAUCGGCUGUUAUACUGUUUUUGCCACUGUGCCUGUGCUAUGAAACAUUUUCUGUAAGCUGCAAACUUGGGCAAUAAAUAAAAUGCAGGCUUCAUAACCCACCCCUAUGUAUUAAUCCUACAGUAUCUGGUAUACCAGAGAGCUCAUUUAAAGGUGACCUGUAAAGGGGUUUUUUAAAUAUAAUUUGUGGGGGUUUUUUUUUAAUUGAGAUGGAGCUCUCUCCUUUCUUUGGUAUAUAAAAAUGCAAAAAGUAUUUUCCCCACAUCUUGGAUUUGUAUUUCUUCUUCCCCCAGGUGCAAGGGACAGAUUGGGAGCUUUAUUGAGCCUUGCUAGAAGG